UACACAAAUGCCCGCCUUCCGAGCUGGCACCCACCCCAACUGAUGGUAAAUCCGGUCUGAACCGGCCAUGGUUACCCUUGCACCUCUGGUUUUUUCGCUUCUCCCUCCCUCUGUCCUCUUCAAAGCUUUAAAAUCAGGGAAGCCGUCGUGAGUUUUCUUCUUCCUCCCAAAUCCUCUACUCGCCGGAAAUCAAACAGUCGUCUUCGAUCGUUUAUCCGGUAGCAGUGGACUGUAACCACACUUGGACAACCAUAGCUAAACAGAAAAUGCCAUAAAGAUGAAAAACAAUUUUGAAAAUUCGUUUUUAUUCGAUGGCCGAGUUCCCCAAAUUUCUUCAUGCGAAGUACCUUCUGAAACUUCUCAAAGCAGAGAAGAAUACUCUUUCGGCUCUUUCACUUUUCGAGUCGGCGACUCACCAUCCGGGUUACGCACACACUCCUGCCGUGUUCCAUCACAUCAUCCGUCGACUUGCCGACUCGAAACACGUUGGUUAUAUAACCAGAGUUGUCGAACUCAUCCGUGUUAAGAGAUGCAAGUGCUCCGAAGACGUUGCUUUAUCGGUCCUCAAAGCGUACUCGGAGAAUUCGAUGCCCGAACAAGCAUUAGAUAUUUUUCGGCGGAUGGACGAAAUUUUUGGUUGCCACCCAGGUAUUCGAUCUUACAAUACCCUCCUCAACACUUUCGUUCGUUCGAACCAGUGGGACCUGGUCGAGUCGUUUCUCGCGUAUUUUGAAACGGUUGGGAUUUCUCCCAAUUUGCAGACUUACAAUGUUCUGAUCAAGAUUCUCUGUAAGAGAGAAAGGUUUGAUAAGGCCAAGGGUUUGUUAGAUUGGAUGCGGAGAAGGGGCUUCGAACCGGACGCCUUUAGUUAUGGUACCCUCAUUAGUGCCCUUUCUAAGAGCGGGAAGUUGUCGGACGCACUGGAGCUGUUCGAUGAAAUGUUCGAUAGAGGAGUUUCUCCUGAUGUAGUAUGCUAUAAUAUUAUGAUUGAUGGGUAUUUUAGAGUCGGGGACGUCUCGAAGGCUAUGGAGAUCUGGGAGAGGUUGUUGAGAGCGUCGAAUGUUUAUCCUAACGUCGUCACAUACAAUGUUACGCUUAAUGGUUUGUGUAAAUGUGGAAAGUUUGACGAGAGUGUACAGAUAUGGUCUCGAAUGAUGAGGAAUGAGCGUCGCCCAGAUUCAUUUACUUAUAGCACUUUGAUACAUGGAUUAUGUGAGUCAGGGAAUGUUGAUGGAGCUUCAAAGAUUUAUAUGGCAAUGAUUGAUAGUGGCUUGGCUCCUGAUGUAGUCACCUGUAACGCACUGCUUAAUGGUUUUUGUCGAUCUGGUAAGAUUAAUGAGUCUUUUAGAUUGUGGGAAUCUAUGCAGAAGGCGAGUUGUUGCAACACUGUUAGUUACAACAUAUUGAUUAGGGGUUUGUUUGAGAAUAAAAAGGUAGAUGAAGCAAUUUCCAUCUGGGAACUUUUACCAGAAAAUGGUUGCCUUCCAGACUCAACAACCUAUGGUGUUUUAAUUCAUGGGUUGUGCAAGAAUGGAUACUCAAACAAGGCAUUGCAGGUUCUGAAGGAGGCAGAAGAUAGAAACGAGGAUCUAAAUGUUUUUGCCUACUCCUCAUUGGUUACUGGUCUAUCCAGACAAGGGAGAUUAGAUGAAGCAGUUUUUGUCUUUAAUCAGAUGAAGAAACGUGGUUGUAAACCAAAUUCUGAAAUGUACAAUUCACUGAUUAGCGGCUUUAUUCAAGCUUCUAAACUUGCAGAUGCAGCCUGGGUUUUUAAGGAAAUGGUCAGUAAUGGUUGCUUUGCUACUGUUGUUACAUACAACACUUUCAUUAAUGGUCUAUGUAAGGCAGAAAGAUUUGGUGAGGCCUCCACUCUUGUGAAAGAGAUGCUGGGGAAAGGCUGGAAGCCUGACCUGGUCACUUAUAGCUCUUUGAUGGAUGGACUCUGCCGAGACAAUAAGAUAGAAGAGGCUCUCCAUUUGUGGGGUCAAGUCCUUGAUAAGGGCUUAAAGCCUGAUGUAGUUAUGCACAACAUUCUAAUUCACGGUCUUUGCUCUGCAGGCAAAGUGCAAGAAGCAUUGCAGGUCUACUCAGAGAUGAAACAGAAGAGGUGUGCUCCAAAUCUAGUGACACACAACACCCUAAUGGACGGCCUCUACAAAUCCAGAGAAUGUGAAAAGGCAUCAGAGAUUUGGAGACAAAUUUUAGAAGAUGGGAUGCAACCGGAUAUCAUAUCCUAUAAUAUAGCUCUUAAUGGGCUUUGUUCUUCUAACAGGGUAUCUGAUGCUGUGAGGUUAUUGGAAAAUGCCUUGGCCCAGGGUGUUAUUCCAACUGCCAUUACUUGGAGUAUACUGGUUAGAGCAGUAAUCAAUAUUGACAUGCUCUUGUUGGAAAAAGAAACAUAGUGCAAUGAGUUCGUGAAAACUUGACUUUGCAGCUUGUGGAGUCUGAUUUUCUACAUCAUGGGAAAUUCUUGGAGAUGAUCCUAUCAUUACUUUUAUCAUGUGCAGUUUCUGUCAAAGAACGUUUCAAAAUGAGUAUGCCAAUUUCAAGGACGUGAAGAACAAGUGAUCAUAUUUUUAAGGAACUGUGGACAUUAGUGAUGUUUUCUGAUAGCUCACAUGCCAUUGCUUACAUGUUUCUAGAAGGCAUCAAGACAGAGGUGUAAGCAGAGCUUGUGGUAUUUGGUUGUCUACAAGAUGUUCUGUCAAGCACAGCUUGGUAUUCAGUGGUCUACAGCAUGUUUCUAGCACUUCAAUGCCCUGGGUCAAGUAAGGGAACUUUUCACCUUGUUUCACAUGGGGUUCUGACUAAUGAAUCAUCAAAGGUAUCGCAAAUAAAACUUGAAGCUCCUCCAAGUCACUGAAUUGGAUCAACUCAACUCAACUCAACCAUGCUUUAUCACAAGUUCACAACUAGUUGGGGUGAAUUGAGCAAACAAACCCACCAGAAUAGCCCCCAAAACUGCAACUUUUCUCCAAUCCAACGAAGUAGAUAUCAAAGCAUCAGCAAU